UUAAAAGUUUGGGGCGGCUCCGGGUUCGGAGGAGGCAGGCUACGGGUGGCUGCGCCUCGGUUGCCGCAAUAGCUCCGCGGGCGCUGAGCCCCCGGCCCACCGGGCACCGCCCCGCGCCGCCRCCGCCGCCAGAAGAUGGCGAGCCGCCGCCUUCGCCUGCUCCUUCUUGUUUACGUGGGGGUCCUGAGCUAUCCUGAAGUGUCUGGAAUCUCCAUUGAAACAGAUAACAAAAAUGUAAAAGCAGAGGAGUUUAAGGAGGCUAUUCUUAGUUGCAAACACAAAUUUUCAAAAGGAGUGAGUUUAAGAAUAGAGUGGAAGAAAAUCCAGUCUCAAGGAGUCUCAUUUGUCUACUUCAAUGGUAAAUUUACAGGUGAUCUUCAAGGCCGAGCAGAGAUGCUGAAUACAGGAAUCCGAAUWAGGAAUGUGACUAGAAGGGAUUCUGGAACCUACCGCUGUGAAAUCAGUGCCAAGAGUGAAGAGGGGCAACGCCUGGGAGAGGCUGCUAUWACUCUCACAGUAUUGGUUGCUCCAGCUACUCCAGUGUGUGAGGUCCCCAACUCCGCRAUGACGGGAACGGUCGUGCAACUGAGCUGUAAGGAGACUGAGGGCUCCCCUCCAUCUGAGUACCARUGGUACAAGAAUGGUGUUGCCUUGCUGGAGAAGACAGGAACAGGCAGUGCUAGAGCAGCAAACAUAACUUACACCAUGAAUAAAAAGUCUGGCAUUCUGCUGUUUAAUACAGUUACAAAGAAUGACACUGGAGAGUAUUUCUGUGAAGCCUCCAAUGGAAUUGGAUUAUCUCAGAAAUGCUCAGUGAAACGAAUGCAAGUUGAUGACCUUAACAUAAGUGGUAUCAUUGUGGCUGUAGUAUCUGUGGCUCUGGUGAUGGCACUGUGUGGCCUUGGAGUAUUUUAUGCCCAUAAAAAGGGCUACUUUGCAAAGGAAAGCUCUUCCCAAAAGAAGACUAACUAUCAAUCUACGAGUGAAAAGGAUUUCAAGCAUACGAAGUCCUUUGUUAUUUARAAGAUUUCAGCCUCUGUGAGGGACCUCAAAUGACUACUUGUUAUACAAAAGUAUCAAAGUGUCCUGGUUUCAGCUGGGAUAAUUUUCUUCAUAGUAGCUGUGUUUGGGAUUUAAUUUGAGAAUAAAGUUGAUAACACAGUGACAUCAUAGUUGUUGCUGAGUAGUGCUUACUCCAAGUCAAGGAGUCCUCAGAUUUCCACGGUCUGCCAGUGAGGAGGUGCUCAAGAAGCAGGGACAGAACCCAGCUGGGACAGCUGAUCUGAGCUCUCCAAAAGAUAUUCAUAGAAUCACAGAGUAAGCUGAGUUAGAAGGUACCCGUUACAAUCAUCGAGUCCAGCUCCUGGCCUGGCAGAGGACACCCCAAGAAUCACACCAUGUGCCUGAGAAUGUUGUCCAAAUGCUUGAACUCAMACAGGGUCGGUGCUUGGUGACCAYCCCCACACCAGAAUGYCAUGCCCAGUAUAUGAACGGGGAAAGUGGGCCAGGAGGAGCCGAUGCCUGCUGGUGAACGGGCUGGGCAUUGAUCAGCAGGUGGGAGAAACUUGUGCAUCACUUGUCUUUCUUGGGCUUUAUUGUCUCUCCUGUUUGUUACAAUUAAUAUUAUUAUUGUCAUUAGUAGUAUUAAUAUCCUAUUUUACUUUGUUUGAAUUAGUAAGCUGUUGUUCUCUCAACCCACCAGUUUUACUUUUUUCCCAGUUCUCCCACCAGGGCUGGGAUGGGAAAGUGAGCAAGCAGCUGCAUAUGGUUGAGCUGCUGGCUCUAGUUAAACCCUCACAGUCCUUUUUGUCACCUAAUAUGGGACUCAAAAGGUUGAGAUAAAACCAGAUCUGACCAGAGCAUGYUAAAACAAAUUUAAGUGUUCAUUGUACUGGUUUAAUAGUUGCUGGUCACCAUAUUGAUUCAUUUACUCUAGGCCUGGGUUAAGGUUAUCACUGCUGUUCUGUGUUGUACUGGCUUGUGGUAUGACAGAAUGGUUGUGAGCCUGCCUGGUGUUCGUCCCCUCUGUCCUUCGAGAGCCAUCUGGUGGGAGCUAUCCACAGUUACAUCUACUSCCUUUUACCUCAGAGAGCCAACCCAUGGGAAAAACAGCUUCCUUCCCCUCCAGGACGAUUACAGGAGCAUUUGAGAAUUUUAAAGACGUUGUAUAUCCUGUGACUACCCUUGAAAGUGGCCUGGUCCUGAUCCUUUUGCUAACAACCAGUAUAUUGUUGCAUACGGUUCAGGCCUUCUUUAGGGUUAAGCAAUGAUCUUUGGCUACCAAAACCCUGGCAACACGUACUGUGCCYACACAAACUUCAGUGGCAGGCCAGCAAGAGGAUACAACUCAAUCCUAAUUCCUGCGUGAGCUGCGUGAUGUAAAUAUUUCAGCUGUUGUGCUGGUGAGCUUCCCCAGUGCUGGGAUAAUGUGGCUAGUAGAUUGGAAUUACAGGGUAGGGAUCACUUUCUAGGAAAGCAGGCAUUAAAAAAGUUAUUGGAAAGGAACACAAGUCCUAAGCCUCUGGAMGUGAUUCCUGUCAAGCAUGAAGGAAAGGUAUCCUUACAAGAAAGAUAUUACAUAUCACCACACAAAUUGAAAGAUAUCCAAUACCUGCCUGAAGUAGUUGUGCUAGAGAUUAUUUAUUUUGACCUAGUAAUACAAGGUUCCCACAGAUCUGGACAAAUUCUUCUGCAGUGACCCAUGUGGUCAAAAUUUAUACAGAGUGUACUGAGAGCACACACCAACCCACUGGCAACAUUMAUCUGGAAAGACACCACACCACCAUCUGUGGAUACAGUGGCUUGCCAUCUCUGAGAAUAUGAAGACAAUCUCUCUUCCCCUCUCAUCUAAUCUGUGGAGAAACUAUCAGAUAAACUGUCCCAAGAGUUCCAGCAGUUCAAAGAGGGUAUGUUCUAUUCCCCACUGUACAGACCCAUGUCUCAGCUAAUGACAGUAAGCGUUGGCUCUAGAGGGAGGAUUUAAAAAGUACACACCACAGGAUAUGCUGUGAGUUUAGCUGAGAGACCACAGUGAUGGCAUGAAGAAUUGGGAUGGAAGACCUACCUUGACCCUUAAAGACACGGGUACAUGAAUUGCAAGGGAAAAUAAUCCCAAAUGGGGCUUKUUACAGGAAAACUGCUCUAGGACCUGAACACACUUGGUAAGGCGGGAGGAUGGGUGAUGGUUUGUACAUUGAGUGGAUUUGAUUUGGGGUGAGAAUAGCCAGUGAACUGUGUGAUGUUAAUUGCUGUAUAACAUUGUGUAUUAACACUUCAGUGUCAGCUGUGCACCCACCACUGCACUGGGCACCCCAUGGUGCUUAUCUCCACCCCUCCAGCUUUGGGGAUCUGAACCCAAUUCCUCUUCAGUUGCCGUAUUAAAAAUGAACUUYRAUGAAACCAGACAAGCACAGCAGUGGUGGAAUCAGAACUGGCUUCAACCUGCAACAAUCCAACAUGCAACAAUUCAGUGAUGGAAUCAGAACUGGYUUCAACAUGCAACAGUCCAACRYGCGACAAUCCAACCCUCUUUCCUACCCUGAAAGACUGUUUAUGACAGAUGGAGCCAAAAGUCACAGACUAAAUUAACUCAAUAGACAAUAGGGAUUAUCUAUAGACUAAGAAAAUGAUAUCUUGUUUAUGUAUAUACGUGCACCUACAAAAAGAUGGGAAAGAUGGUGGUGGAUUGCAAGGUGUGGGACCGGGCAUGACGCAUAUGGUAUGGAGUAAGCAGCUAAUACUAUUCUGGUUUCAGCUGGGAGUUAAUUUUCUUCUAGUAGCUGGUAGAGAACUGUUUUUUCAAAUAGUAUGAGAAUAAUGCCAAUAACACACUGGUGUUUCAGUUGUUGCUCAGCAGUACUUACACUGAGUCAAAGACUUUACAGUACCUGAUGCUCUGCCAGUGAAGUGCUCAAGUCAUGAGGGAACAGGGCCUGGACCCUGAUGUGAACUGGCCAGAGGGAGAUGGAACAUCAUGCCCAGUUUAUAAACUGGGGAAAUUGGCUGGGAGGGGCCAGUCACUGCUGGGGGAUGGGUUGGGCAUCGGUCAGCAAGUGAUGAUAAGCACUUGUACUGUGUAUCACUUGUGCUUCUGAGGUUUUAUCUCUCUUUCCCUUAUUAUUACUUUGGUUUAAUUAUUUAACUGCUUUAUCUCAACCCAUGAGUUUUGUUUCCAGUUCCCKUCAUAGCAGGGGGAGGGGAGAAGGAGUGGACCAGUGACUGUGGGGUSCUUAGUUGCCAGCUGGGUUAAACCACAACACCAAGGGAUCUUUUGACUUCUGCUCUGUAAAUAUUGUUUCCAUGUAUUACAUACUGAAAAUAAAAACUGCCAAUGUUUAGUCAACCUAGCUGUGAUGGCAUUUCAAAAAAACAAAACAACCCCCUAAAAAAACUUAAAAGAUAAAUUAAUUUGUAUAUUCAAUUUAGUUCUAUGUGUGGCUUCUCACUUUGUUCAUCUGUACGUGCAAUGCAAGAUUUCACUCUUGCAGCUUAGAGCAAUCUAUUCGAAUAACUUUCAUAGAUAACCUYGCUACUUGUGUCUCAACCACUGUCAAGGGCUUAAGUUCUCCUGAAAUUCUGAUUUACCAGGACUUUGAAAUUGUAUUAAUUUGCCAAAGCCAUCUCUAAGUGUGUAGCUGUGCAGAAGUAAACUCACUAYGCUCACAGAAUUAAUCUUCCUGUAAUAAAAACUCAAGCAGUGUUUCAGUAUCUAAUGUGGAAGUCUCUCUAUAGGCUGCAUAUAUAAUUUCAUUCUGAAGAAAAAUUGUGUCAGUACACUUCAAAUUGUAGUAUCUAGACCCUACUGUUGAAGUGCUUGUUUAUGUAGUUUCUCAGAUAAUUAUUAUAAAUAAA